UACCCUCCAAACUCAGUGAGUUCAAAACACCUCAAAACACUAAAUACUCAUUUUCUUUCUAUAACCUCCUCUCUUUGCCUUCAAUUCUCUCCCUUGUAAUGGCAACCGAUGAAAUUGCCCAUCCUACUUUUGAAUAUUGCCAUCCCAAAAGCCUUUCUUGUAUCCACUGGAAGAAAGCCGCGGAGGCUCUUCAAUGCAACCAUUUUGAUGAAGUCUGUCACUUGUUGUCACAGUUUUCCCAGGCUGAAACUGUUGAUAUCCAGGGAACCACACUCACUGUUGCCCAGGUCGCCGCCAUUGCACGCCGGAGCCAAGUUAAGGUCAGCCUCGACGAAGCUGAGGCUCGCGAACGUGUGGCAAAAAGCGCCAAUUGGGUGGCAGAGAAUAUCUGCCGUGGGACAGAUACAUAUGGUGUUACCACAGGCUUUGGUGCCACAUCGCACAGGCGCACCAACAAGACUUCUGAUCUUCAAACCGAGCUCAUUCGGUUUCUGAAUGCCGGCGUGAUAGGGAAAGAUAACCUUCCAACGAGUUACUCGAAGGCCGCUAUGCUUGUCCGAACGAACACAUUGAUGCAAGGCUUUUCUGGUAUAAGGUGGGAGAUAUUGGAAGCCAUGGUUAAGCUUAUGAAUGAGAAUUUAAUUCCUAAACUUCCUUUGAGAGGAACUAUUACUGCUUCCGGUGACCUUGUUCCUCUGUCUUAUAUUGCCGGAUUAAUUACCGGCCGGCAUAAUUCCAAGGUGAUCACGCCAAAUGGAGAAGAGAUUACAGCCAUGGAAGCCUUAAAGAGAGCUGGAAUUGCAAACCCUUUUGAGCUUCAAGCCAAGGAAGGUUUAGCCCUUGUGAAUGGAACAGCCGUUGGCUCGGCAGUGGCUGCAACCGUCUGCUUUGAUGCCAACACGUUGGCUCUGCUUGCGGAAAUUCUGUCUGCUCUGUUUUGCGAGGUUAUGCAUGGGAAGCCAGAGUUCACAGACCCACUGACUCAUGAGCUGAAGCACCACCCGGGACAGAUUGAAUCAGCAGCAAUCAUGAAGUUCCUUCUUGAUGGAAGCGACUACAUGAAAGAAGCAAAGCUUCGUCACAAGAAGGACCCGCUUACGAAGCCAAAACAGGACAGAUAUGCAAUCAGAACCUCUCCCCAGUGGCUUGGACCCCAAAUUGAAGUCAUCCGAGCAGCAACGCAUUCAAUUGAAAGGGAAAUUAACUCUGUGAAUGAUAACCCUUUGAUUGAUGUUUCUCGGGAUCGUGCUCUCCACGGAGGGAAUUUUCAGGGGACCCCAAUUGGUGUUUCUAUGGAUAACAUCCGAAUUGCUAUUGCAGCCAUAGGAAAGCUCAUGUUUGCUCAAUUCUCUGAACUAGUUUGUGAUUACUACAACAAUGGGUUGCCUUCUAAUUUGAGCGGUGGUCCUAAUCCAAGCUUGGAUUAUGGUUUAAAAGGUGCUGAGAUAGCCAUGGCUGCAUAUUGUUCUGAGCUGCAAUACCUGGCAAACCCUGUCACAACACAUGUUCAAAGUGCAGAGCAGCACAACCAGGAUGUGAAUUCUCUGGGUUUGAUUUCGGCAAGGAAAAGUGCAGAGGCCAUUGAGAUUCUGAAGCUUAUGUCUGCUACGUACAUGGUGGGUCUUUGCCAGGCAAUUGAUCUUCGACAUCUAGAGGAGAACAUGAAGGAAGUAGUUAAAGUUGUUCUGCUCCAAGUGGUAAGAAAAACAUUAUAUUCUGCUGAAGAUGGUUCGCUUCUUGAAUCUCGUUUCUGUGAGAAAGAGCUCCUUCAGGUUGCAGAGCACCAACCGGUUUUCUCCUAUCUUGACGAUCCCACAAAUCCUGCUUAUGCCCUCUUGCCAAAACUGCGUGAAGUCAUUGUAGAAAGGGCACUCAAAGGUCAUAAAGCCGAAGACGCGGACGGUAGGAACUACUCAAUUUUCAAGCGCAUUCCCAUAUUCAUGGAAGAGUUAGAGGCUAGACUAGGAGCAGAGGUAGCCAAAGCAAGAGAAAGAUUCGAUAAUGGAGACUAUCGGCCAAUUGAGAACAGAAUCAAUAAAUGCAGGACUUAUCCGAUUUAUAAGUUUGUAAGGAGUGAAGUUGGGACCGAGCUUCUAAGUGGUGCCAAAAAAAUAAGUCCGGGAGAAGACAUAGAGAAAGUUUACGAGGCUAUCAAUGAAGAUAAACUUGGUGAUGUUUUGAAAAUGUGCCUCAAAGACUGGAAUGGUUCUACCGGUAAGCAAGUGUAGUUGAGAUCUGUACUUUUACAUUUGUAAUGUUUACCUAUAGAAUGUCUUUUACUUGCAAAGAAUAUUUGGGUUAAUUCCCAAACUCAUUGUAAUAAUAUCGUUCUGGAUCCACAUCACGUAUGGAAUAUAUUUUACUUGUAAUAAAUGCAUUGGAAUUUGAGGUUUCCUAAAA